AAAAUUCUGAAACAUCGCGGGAUUCUUAAAGAAGCGGGAAGCCGUGUAUUAUGCUCGCCCCAAUUCCGAAGGCAUCGGAGCUACGACAGAUUGGCUUUAUCCCUUAUCCGUUGUUUCUCCCUGCAUUUCCUGGAUUCAAACGGUUCUUUGCAUUUCUUGGACAAUUUAAUUUGACUAUUUUCUCUCGUAGUCGGACUUUAAGGUCGAUCUAUGGAUAUUGAUGACAUUUUUGGUAUCAUCCGACCUAUGAGUGUUCCAAGGAAGAGUGCAAUUUAUGUAUGGGGAUACAAUCAAUCUGGGCAGACAGGUAGAAAGGAGGAUAACGACCAGUUGCGGAUUCCAAAGCAGCUGCCUCCUGAGCUAUUUGGAUGCCCAGCUGGUUUAAAUGCACGCUGGUUGGAUGUUGCUUGUGGUCGUGAGCAUACAGCAGCAGCAGCCUCUGAUGGGUCUCUGUUUACUUGGGGGGCUAAUGACUUCGGUCAAUUGGGAGACGGAACUGAGAACCGAAGCAAAUAUCCCAAGAAGAACCCCGUGAAAGGGAUGGUACCAAGCCAUCUGGAAGGCUCUGGGUUUGGGGACAGAAUCAGGCUUCAAAUCUUCCUCGCUUAUUUUGGGGUGCUUUUAAACCUGAUACGGGAAAAAGGAAGGACAUUCACAGAAAUCAGUGCAGCUGAAUCAACUCCAAAUAAGCCCAUCAACAUUCCUCAACUUGCGAGCACUAAGGAAGGGAGUGAGGAAGGACCGGAGCUAGCCAAUAACACCAAUGCAGGGAGUGAGCACAUGCGCCUAGCAUCCAGUGAGCAAAUAAUUUGUGAAGUGUCUUGUGGGGCUGCUCAUGUGGUUGCGUUGUCUGAAGAUGGUCUAUUACAAGCUUGGGGCUACAAUGAGUAUGGUCAACUUGGCCGAGGUGUUACUUGUGAAGGAUUGCAGAGGGCCCAUAUAAUAACUGCUUAUGCAAAAUUCCUCGACGAAACCCCGGAACUUGUGAAGAUUACCAAAGUGUCAUGUGGCGAGUACCACACAGCAGCAAUGUCUGACAAGGGCGAGGUUUACACAUGGGGCCUUGGAAAUAUGGGUCAACUUGGGCAUUCUUCUCUCCAGUAUGGAGAUAAAGAGCUGCUACCAAGGCGAGUGGUUGCCCUUGAUGGUGUUUUUGUGAAAAAUGUGGCGUGUGGUGGCAUGCAUUCAUGUGCUUUGACUAAGGAAGGAGCUCUUUAUGCUUGGGGUGGUGGCCAAGCUGGUCAAUUAGGCCUUGGGCCCCAGAGUGGAUUCUUCUCUUGCAUUUCUAAUGACUCUCAGGCAUUUUUCCGAAAUAUUCCGGCUUUAGUUAUUCCAAAAGGUGUGCAACUUGCAGCGUGUGGACAUUGCCACACUCUUAUUUCCACAAGGGAUGGCAGAAUUCAUGGAUGGGGUUAUAAUAAUUAUGGCCAAGCUGCCAAUGGGAAAUAUACAUAUGCUUGGUAUCCAUCACCUGUUGACUGGUGUGUUGGGGAAGUGCGGAAACUAGCUGCUGGUGGGGGCCAUUCAGCAGUGUUGACUGAUGCAUGUUCCUUGAAGGAAUUGUGUGAGUUUAUACUUGCAGACAAUCUGACAUUAUCUAAUGCUCUGGAAAUUGAGGAUGUUGCAUCUAGAACUGGCUCAGAUGCUCUGGCACGGCUUUGUGCUAGACUCAGGAUCUACUGACGGGGAUGACGAUUGGCAGUGCUAAAGAAUUUGAUGGUCUUUACUACCUGGAUGGAAAUAAAGUCAGUAAUGUUUGGUCAUGCAAUAAGUGUUUCUCCUUAGGACUAGUGAGUUGGAGUUGUGGCACAAACGUCUUGGUCAUCCUAAUUUCAAUUAUAUGUCAAAAAUGUUUCCCUCAAGUUGCAAUAAAAGUGAUUGUUCUCAGUUCUAUUGUGAUUCAUGUGAAAAAGCAAAACAUCAUCGUGUUUCCUUUCCUAAUCAGCCAUAUGUUGCAUCAAAACCUUUUACAAUCAUUCAUAGUGAUCUAUGGGGGCUCUCUCGGGUUUCUAAUAGGACUCACUCAAAGUGUUUUGUCACUUUUAUUGAUGACCAUUCUCGUGUUACUUGGGUGUUCCUUCUAAAGGACAAAUUUGAUGUUUCUCAGGUGUUCAUUGAUUUCUAUCACAUGGUCAAAACUCAGUUUCACACGUCUAUUCAAACACUCCACACUGAUAAUGGCACAGAAUAUUUCAACAAACAUCUCUCCACUUUUUUACUUUCCAAUGGAAUUGUUCACAAAAGUACUUGUCCUUAUAGCCCUCAGCAAAAUGGUAUUGCUGAAAGGAAAAAUGGGCACAUCCUUGAAACAGCUGGUGCACUUCUCUUUGGCAGCCAUGUUCCUAAAUAUCACUGGGAUGAUGCUGUCCUAACUGCAACCUUCCUUAUUAAUCGCCUUCCCAACCGCACCUUGUCAUAUAAAACUCCCAUUGAAGUUCUACACCAAACUUACAAUCUACCCUACCCGGAAAAUACUUUACCCUUACGAGUAUUUGGGUGUACUACCUAUGUUCAUCUUCAUCACACAAACAAACUUGACCUCAAAGCUGUCCGAUGUGUUUUCCUUGGUUACUUUGCCAAUAAAAAGGUGUACAAAUGCUUUGAUCCUAUUACUAAACGUAUCUUUACCACCUGUGAUGUCACCUUUCACGAAACAAAAUCUUCCUACUCACAACCUCCAAUCCAGGGGGAGAAUUGGAAUGAAUUGUAGAUUGGCAUGUGCGAGAACAUGAGUGAAACACUUGAAACACCUAACCCUAUAGCUAUACCUCAUCAUUUGUCUCUUGAGCUCACUGAUCUUGAUUUGGACCUGGGAAUUGAAGACACCAAUACCACCACUCAAGCUGAAAGUGAUGUACCAACUCCUAGUCCAAAGGCGACGUCCACGACAGGGGGAGACACCAGAUUUGUGCAAACCUAUACAUGGAAAAACAAGACAGGUAAACAGACCCAUAUCUCAAGGACUGACCAGGAGUCAGACCCAAAUGUAGGUCUAAAAGAAUAUAAUGGAGGAAGUCUGGAAGAAUCAGGUGGUAAGGAUGAGAUUGACCUACCGAUAACUAUGAGGAAGAAGCCGAGAGCUUGCACUAGGCAUCCUAUCGAGAGGUUUGUGUCUUAUCAAGCAUUGUCUGCUAAAUUUUCUGGAUUUACUGCCCAUUUGGAUAGUGUUACAGUACCAAAGAAUAUUGAAGAGGCCAUGGCUGUACCUGAAUGGAGACAAGUUGUAAUGGAGGAAAUGGAGGCAUUGACAAACAACAAUACUUGGAACGUGGUAGAAUUACCUUCAAGAAAGAAAGCAGUUGGAUGUAAGUGGGUCUUUACACCUAAAUACAAUGUUGAUGGUAGUCUAAACAAACACAAAGGGAGACUUGUUGCUCAAGGGUUCUCCCAAGUGUAUGGUAUAGACUACACGGAGACAUUCGCACUGGUAGCCAAACUCAACACUGUUAGAAUAAUUCUAUUACUAGCAGCCAACCUUGAUUAGCUAUUACAUCAAUUAGAUGUAAAAAAACGCCUUCCUAAAGGGUGAGUUGAAAGAGGAAGUGUAUAUGAAGUUACUGCCAGGGUUCCCAGGAAAUAAGCCAAAUCAAGUGUGCAAAUUGAAGAAGUCCUUUUAUGGACCAAAGCAGUCUCCAAGAGCGUGGUUUGAGAGACUCAUAUAGGUACUAAAAAGGGCAAGGUUCAAACAAGGUCAAAGCGAUCACAUCAAUUAUUGUUUUGUUGGUUUAUGUGGAUGAUAUGGUCCUUACAGGCGAUGAUAUUAAGGAGAUUGAAAAUCUUAAAAGGGUGCUAGCUCAAGAGUUUCAGAUAAAAGAUCUUGGAGAAAUGAAGUAUUUUCUAAGUAUGGAGGUGGCAAGAUCCAAGAAGGGAAUAUCUAUUUCUCAGAGAAAAUAUGUGCUAGAUCUCUUAAACAAGACUGGCAUGCUUAGGUGUAGACCUAGUGAUACACUUAUCCGAGUUGACAAGAUAAGCAAUGAAGAGGACUUUAGCAAGUCUAAUGAUAUGGGUAGGUAUCAAUGUAUGGGGGGAAAAUUAAUCUAUUUGUCACAUACUAGGCUAGUACUGCCUUUGCAGUUAGCAUGGUGAGUCAACAUUCACAUGACCCCAAGCAGAAACACUUGAAUGAGGUCUACAGGAUUCUUAGGUAUUUGAAAGGUACUCUUGGAAAGGGUUUAUGGUUUAAGAAAUCUGAGAAGCGCGGUGUAGAACUCUACACAGAUGCAGAUUGGGCAGGUGAUCAAGAGGAUAGAAAAUCUACAUUUGGAUGCUGCACUUUUGUUUGGGGAAACUUGGUUACUUGGAGAAGCAAGAAGCAAAGUGUAAUGGCCCGUAGUAGUGUAGAGGCAGAAUUUUGAGCCAUUGCUUUAGGAAUUUGUGAAGGUAUAUGGAUUAAAAAGGUGACUGAGGAACUUAAAAAGAAUGUUAACUUGCUUAUCACUCUGUAUUCAGAUAGUAUGGCAGCAAUCAACAUUUCACACAAACCAGUGCAACAUGAUUGGACCAAGCAUGUUGAGAUAGAUAAACAUUUUAUCAGAGAGAAGAUUGAUAUUGGCAUCAUCCAGAUGAGACACAUAUUAACAAGGGAGCAAACAGCUGAUGUUCUCACCAAAGGCUUGAGUAGAGAUAAGUUUGACUAUUUUAUCAGCAAGUUGGACAUGAUUAACAUCUAUGGUCCAACUUGAGGGGGAGUGUGGAAAUAUACUAUGUUUAAUGUAAAUAUCUGAUAGUUAUUAUACGAUUAUAGGAUCAGAUAUAUUAGGGAAGUCUUUUCUCUCUAUCCCUUAUUCCUCGGCCUCAUUUCUCGGCUGGCAUUGUGGUUUCUCUUCUGUAUAUAUGUAAUCGACACACCUACCGAAUAAUAUAAUUUAGUUUUGAUCAGUAUAUCUUCAGAUUUUUACUCAAGACCUUCAGCUCUUCUUCAAUAGCUAAUCUCCAUUUGGGAUCAGUUACAGCCUUAUCAAAAGUGCUAGGAAUAUCUUCACUAUCAAUACUUGCAACCAAAGCCUUAAACUGAGAGUUAAGUUUAUCAUAGGAGACAUACCUGCCAAUGGGAUGUCGAGUACGACUCUUUUUUCUUUUUUUUAGAGCAAUAGGCCAUUGGAUAUCUUCAGGACUGGUUUCAGGUUGAGAGUCAUGACUUUGCCUUGGAAAAGUAAUGGGAUUGUCUCUUUGCACCUGCUGACCUGGCUGAUUCUCCUCUGAUCUAUUCACAACAGACUCUAAAUUUUGGUCUUGAAUGGCCAUUGGUAAUGGUUCAGGGUUGUCAGACUCAGAUUCAGGUCUGGUAGGGUAAUUAGGACAAGAUUCAGGUUCUGUAGCAGAAUCAGAUUCAGGAAAGUCAGGUGCUGUAACAGGUGAAACUGGUUCAGGUUCAGAAAUAGAAGCAUCUAGAAGUGUUUGAGAUCCAGUGUUUGGGUUACUAACUCGUGGGCUAGGUGAGCUGUCACAUAUUAACCAUUCAUUAUCACUCUCCCCCUGAAUGGGUAAUUUGGGAUAGAACGGAAGAGUUUCAACAUACUGAACAUCCAAAGUGACAUAGGUAUUUCGAGUGGAUGGAGAAUAACAUUUGUAUCCUUUCUUUGUAGAAGAGUACAACAACAACAACAACAACAAGCUUUUAUCCCACUAGGUGGGGUCGGCUAUAUGGAUUGCAAAACGCCAUUGUGCUCUAUCAUUUAUCAAGCUUUUAGGAAUAUUAUUAAUUAACAGAUCGCGUUCAAUAACCUCCAAAAGUGUUCUCUUAGGCUUUCCUCUACCUCUCUUAAUCGGACUCAAAGUUAUAUGUUCCACUUUUCUCACUGGUGCCUCCCUUGGUCUUCUUUGUACAUGCCCAAACCAUCUCAACCGAUGUUCUACCAUUUUUUCCUCAAUAGGUGCCACUCUCACUUUUUCGCGUACGUGCUCAUUUCGAAUUUUAUCUUUACGUGUAUGUCCGCACAUCCAUCGUAACAUUCUCAUCUCUGCUACUCCAACUUUAUGCUCUUGCUGUCUCGUUAGAGCCCAGUAUUCACUACUAUAUAACAUUGCCGGUCUGAUAGCAGUGCGAUAAAACUUUCCUUUAAGUUUAUUAGGCACCUUACGAUCGCAAAUAACUCCUUUAGCUUUUCUCCAAUUAAACCAUCCAGUUUGAAUUCUAUGUGAAAUAUCUCUACUGAUUUCGCCAUCAUUUUGAAUAAUGGCUCUAAAAUAUCUAAACUUUUUCACUUGAGGUAUAAUUUGAUCUCCCAAUUUCACUUCCAAAUUAUUGUUGAAUAGUCCUUCACCAAAUUUACAAUAUAAAUAUUCCGUCUUACUUCUACUCAGACGAAAACCUUUCGACUCCAAUGUCCUCCUCCAUAACUCAAGUUUGCAAUUAACCUCUUCUCUUGUAUCUGCUAUAAGAACUAUAUCAUUGGCGAAGAGCAUACAUUUCGGAAUUUCCCCUUGAAUAUGUUCCGUCAAAACAUUUAAGAUCAAGUUGAACAAAUAAGGACUCAGAGAUGAUCCCUGAUGUAGUCCAAUCUUUAUAGGAAAAUCCUUUGUUUGACCACCAGGCGUUCUUAUACUAGUUUUUACCCCCUCAUACAUAUCUUGUAUGGCUUUAAUAUAAGCAAUCCGUACUCCUUUUUUUUUCCAACACUUUCCAAAGCACUUUUCUUGGUAUACGGUCAUAAGCUUUUUCCAAAUCAAUAAAAACCAUGUGUAGAUCUUUAUCUUUACAAUGAUACUUUUCUAUUAAUCCCCUUAGUGGAUAAAUUGCCUCUGUAGUUGAUCUACCUGGCAUAAAACCAAACUGAUUCUCAGAAAUACUUGUCUUCAAUCUCAACCUGUGCUCAAUUACUUUCUCCCACAAUUUCAUUGUGUGGCUCAUGAGCUUAAUCCCUCUAUAGUUAGUGCAAUUCUGAAUAUCUCUUUUAUUUUUAUAAAUAGGAAUUAAUGUACUUCUCCUCCACUCAUCAGGCAUUUUCUUGGACCGUAAAAUCACAUUAAAUAACUGAGUUAACCAUCUCACCCCUUCUUCACCUAAACAUUUCCACGCUUCGAUAGAUAUACAAUCAGGUCCGUUGGCUCUACCAUUUGCCAUUUUCUUAAGAGCUUCCUUUACCUCCUUAUCACGUAUUAUUCGAUAGAAUGACAAAUUUUGUUCUCCUUCACCAGUUACUAAAUCCUCCAAGUUACUAGAUGAACCCUCUCCAUCAUUGAAAAGUUUAGAAAAGUAAGUCUCCCAUCUAUUUUUAAUUUCAUCAUCUGUAACUAAAAUUCUUCCCUCUUCAUCCUUAAUACACCUUAUCUGUUAUAGAUCUCUUGAUUUUCUUUCCCUACUCUUGGCAAUCUUAUAAAUAUUUCGCUCUUCUUCCUUCGUCUCAUGGUUCUUAUAAAAUUCUUCAAAAGCUUUAGAACGAGCUUCACCUACAGCUCUCUUAGUUUCCUUCUUAGCCAUACGGUACCUCUCUCAAUUUUCCUCAUUGUUACACAAAUGUAUGGCUUUAAAACAAUUCUUCUUAUAUUUGAUUUUGUCCUGUAGACUAUUAUUCCACCACCAAGACUCCUUAUCUCUCGGACCGGAACCUUUUGAUUCUCUCAAAACUACUUUUGCAACCUCCCGUAUCUUUUUAGCCAUAUCCUCCCACAUGAUGUUAGCACUUUUCUGAGAUUCCCAAAUUCCUUUAUCCAAAAGAUUUCGCUUGAAAAUAUAUUGCUUCUCACCUUUUAAUUGCCACCACCUAAUCCUUGGUGCUACUACUUAUCGACGUUUUUGGAUUUUACUCAUAAUACACACAUCAAGGACUAGGACCCUAUGUUGUGUCGUUACAGCAUCUCCGGGGAUCACCUUGCAAUUUUUACAAAGUCUUCUAUCUGUGUUCCUAACCAAAAGAAAAUCAAUCUGUGACUUUGAGACUCCACUUUUGUAAGUGAUGAGAUGCUCAUCUCUCUUCUUGAAACAAGUGUUGGCAAUCUUAAAAUCAUACGCUAAUGAGAAAUCAAGAAGAGUUUGUCCUUCAUUGUUUAGCUCUCCAAAACCAAAACCACCAUGCACCCUCGCAUACUGACCAGCUUCCCUCCCGACAUGCCCAUUAAAGUCUCCUCCAAUAAAAAUCUUUUCACUCUGUGGUAUGUGUCGAAUCAACCCCUCCAGAUCCUCCCAAAAUAAUUCUUUAAGACUGGCUUCUGUCCCGACUUGCGGCGCAUAAGCGCUAACAAGAUUAACAGUCUCACAUCCAAUUAUCAUUUUUAAGAAAAUAAAUCUAUCUCCAAUUCUGCUAACUUCAACGUUCUUCUUCCACUCCUUAUCUAUAAUGAUGCCUACUCUAUUGCGUGCACUUACUUUUCCUGUAUACCAAAGUUUGAAACCUUGAAUAUCCUUAGCUUCUUCUCCACGCCAUUUUGUUUCUUGUAGGCAAAGGAUAUUGAUUUUUCUUUGAAUCAUAAUCCCGACAACCUCUACAGAUUUACAAUUCAAUGUCCCAACAUUCCAGGUGCCAAAUCUAAUUUUGCUCUCAUGGACUAACUUCUUUAGCCGCGUGCGUCCAGAAUGACGCGGUAGCCCUUGCUCAUUUAACACUACAUCCGGGCGCCGAUGCAGCAGCUCUAACUCACUUAUCACUGUACUCGAGCCAUGCAGCGCGUUACUUACAGGCAACGACCUAGCAUUAACAUUAUAACGUCUAUUGUCCAUGUUCAUGAUAGAUUCAACAAAGUUUUACAUUGGCUGUUGAUGGCCUAACACAACCCUCCUCCUUUACCCGGGCUUGGGACCGGCUAUAAACAUAGGCGGAGUUUCUUUGUAGAAGAGUAUCCCAAGAAAAUAUAUUUAAUAGACCGAGAAGCCAAUUUUCCACCCGAAGAAGAAAAGACACAAGUAGUAUAGCCAAAGACACGCUUAGAGAGUGAGUUAAAAAGAUGAUAAUUAGGAAAAUAGGUUAGAAAUUUCUCAAUAGGUGAUUGUAAUUUUAAGACUUUGGAGGGCAUACGAUUAAUAAGAUAUGCAGCAGUGAGGACAGCAUCCCCCAAAAAAUAUUAGGAACAUUAUUUCCUAGCAAAAGAGCCCUAAAAGAUGUCUAUUUUUCUUUUCAGCCACCUCAUUUUAUUGAGUGUUCACAUAAGAUGUUUGAUGGUGUAUCCCUUUCUCAGUAAGGAAACUUUGAAAGUUUGAGUUAAGAUACUUUGUCCCAUUAUCACUUCGAAGAACCUUGAUAGAGGUCUGAAAUUGAGUUUAAACAAACACGUGGAAAUUUUUAAAAAUAGAGAAAACUUCAGAUUUGUCUCUCAUCAAGAACAGCCACGUCAAACGGGUAUGGUCAUCUAUAAAAGUAACAAACCACCUAGCUUUUGAGUUAGUAGCAACGCUAGAUGGACCCCAAACAUCACUAUGAAUAAGGGCAAAAGGUUUGGAAGGAAUAUAUGGAGUUGAAGGAUAAGAGGUGCGAGUUUGUUGGCAAACUGGAAAAUAUCACAAUGAAAAUCAACCUUCUUUUUAUUCAUAGAAUUGGGAAAGAAAAUUUUCAUGUAAUCAAAACUUGGAUGACCUGACCUAAAAUGCCAUAACAUAAAGUCUUCAUGAGACAUAGUAGAAAAACAAGAACUUGAAUUAGCCAUGCAGUCUUUAUUUGAGGAGUUGCCUUCAAGAUAAUACAACCCAUUAAAUUCCUUAGCAUUGCCAAUUGUCUUCCCCAAAGCCAUGUCCUGAAAAACACACUUAAAUUGGUCAAAAAUAACAAGGCAAUUUAAUUGAUGAGCUAUACACUUCACGGACUACAAGCUACAUUGUAUGUCAGGCACAUAUAAGACAUUUGUAAGGAUUAUGUUGGGAGAAAUAGUGACUAUGCCUAUAACCUUGGCAUAAGUAUUAUUUGCUACUUAAACACGGGUAUGUUCAAAAUAGGGGUGAAAAUUAGACAAUAAUUCUCAAAAACCAGUAAUAUGAUCUGUAGCUCCUGAAUCAAUUAUCCAAACAUUGCUUGUCCAGGAAAUAGCAUUUAAAGCAGUGACAAGUUUAGUACCUAUUUGAGCUAAGGCAACAGAGGGAGUUUUCUCACUUGGUCUUUCCUGAGAAUACGUUUCUAGAAUUCUUCGUAGGACAGAGAGAUCUUCACUAUUGAGCAUGUCACCAUUAGAGUUGUUUACCAUGAACCCCUUCUUAUCACCUUUACUUUGUUGCUUUAGAUGGGCUGGUUUCCCAUGAAUUUCCCAACACAAUUCCCUGGUGUGACCAUUUUUGUUACAAUGAUCACAUUUGAGAUGCUUCUUCCCUUUUUGCUCUCCACCUUGGUUCCCACGUGCCACCAUGGCCGAGGCUUCUAAACUUGAGGAAGGAAGAAUAGAAGGAGUAGAUGAAGAAUUCUGAGUAAGUUCUUUAUGACUUUCCUCAUACCUGAUCGUAUUAAAUGCAUCUUCCAAAGGAUGGGAUGGGCUACAUGCCCAUAAUUCAUCCUCGAACGUCUUCAAAAUUAUCAUUCAACCCAAGCAAGAACUCAUAGCAGCGUUCGCGAUCGACCACUUGGCGGAAAUACACCUCGUCUGUAUGGCAGGACCAUUGGUGGACUUCAUACAGAUUGAUUUGUUGCCAAAGCCUGAUGAGAGCACUAUAGUAGAGAGUAAUAGUGUUUUCCCCUUGCGUGAGACUACGAAGCAUCCUUUUCACUUGAAAAAUAGCAGCGUUCGCGAUCGACCACUUGGCGGAAAUACACCUCGUCUGUAUGGCAGGACCAUUGGUGGACUUCAUACAGAUUGAUUUGUUGCCAAAGCCUGAUGAGAGCACUAUAGUAGAGAGUAAUAGUGUUUUCCCCUUGCGUGAGACUACGAAGCAUCCUUUUCACUUGAAAAAUAGCGGCUGUAUUCUCUGAUAGAAUAUGUGCGCCUGGCUGAUUCCCAGAUUUCCCGAGCAAAAUUAGCAAGUAAAUAGGUCUCACUAAUCUCGGCUGUCAUAGAGUGAACAAGCCAAGUCAUCACCAAGUUGUUCUUGGCACACCAUGUUUCAUAUUGAGGGUCACCAAUAGCUGGCGGCUUGGGAUUCCAGGUGAGGUAUUUUUCUUUAUUUUUCCUACGGAUGAGCAUUAGAAUAUUUUUGGACCACUGCAGAUAAUUGUUCCCAUUUAGAUGAUGGGUUAUCACAGUGUGAGAGAAGGAGUCAGGUACAGAACUCCCCCUCGAAGUUAGGAUAGGAAUAUUCGCACCUUGUGUACCUCCUCCCCCAAUCUCGGUCCCUGUUCUAGGGCCUCCUCCCAAUGCCGAUGAUGACUAAAGGACCUCAUCACCAGCUGUGAAAGCCCUAGGUUGACCGGAGAGCACUGCUUUGUACGACAUAGAGACACUGCUUUGAUACCAUGAGAGAAUGCAGUGCGUGAUAUCUUAUUCUUCCACAGAACUGAUCGGUACAUAUAUAGAGGGAGAGAUUGAUACAAUUGCAUAAAAUCCUCUCUCAAUAAAAUAAAAUAAAUAGGGGAUACUAAUUCGAGAUAUUAAUCUGAAUCCUAAAAAAUAAAGCUGACCAAGAUGAUAAUAAUAAUAGUCUAAGAAACCCUAGAGAUAAUGGACUCAAAGAAAAAAAAGCCCAAUUCCAACAAGGGUAUUAAAUAUUUUGAAACUAACGCCUACAAGGACAACGUCUAAAAGUGUAUUUUGGCAUCAGAGUAAGCGGGGUCAAUGGCAGUCAAGCUGAUGGAUAGAGAAGGGAAGAACUGGAAAGAUAGGAUAGAGAAAAGGAGAGUAAGAAAGAGAUUGAGAACUAGAGAGAGAUUCUGGAAAUACUGGAGAGAUUUAUUAUGCCAUUUCAUAUCAGGUUCAUCUACACCCUAGGCCUAUCUAUACAUUUAGGCCCAUUAACCAUCUAACUAACUUCCCACUAAUGACUUCCAUCCUUCCCACUAAUGACUUCCACUUAUUCUAAUUACACAUCAAUAUCCCCCUUAAGAACCCCUGUCCUCAAGGGUCAGAAAUGACAAAAGAAGGGUGCUGCUGUUUCAGUUGGAAUAAAGGAACCAAGCUUGCUUCUUCAUCUGGAACACCCUUCCAUUGGACCAGAACUUCAGAAAUAAUUCUCCCCUUCUUUCUUCCCAUUCUUUUGUUCAAAAUCAACCCUAGAAGAAGAGUUGGAGGAGGCUCAGGCCGGCUACAGGUGGAUGCCGUGGCUUCACAGAUGGAUCAGGACAGAGCUUAAGCAAAGAUACAUGAAAAGUAGGAUGCACUCUAGAUUUUGGAGGUAACUCCACUUUGUACACUACUGGACCUAUUCUUUGACAGAUUCUAUAAGGUCCGAAGUACUUUGGAGUCAAUUUCUGAGAGCUCUUUGAUGCUGCAGAAAUUUGUCUAUAAGUUUGAAGCUUGACAAACACCCACUGUCUUUCCUCAAAUUCUCUAUCACUCCUAUACAAAUUUGCCUUUUGUUUCAUUUUGUUGACAGCCCUACUAAGAUGAUGUUUUGCCAUCCUUAAAGCUUCCUCUUGUGCUGCAAAAGUUCUAUCAACAGCCUUCACCAUCACAUCUCUAGGCAAAUAAGGAACAUGCAAAGGAGGAGCCUGCCCAUACAGCAAUUCAUAGGAAGUAGUUUUAGUAGAAUUGUGGUAAGAAGUGUUAUACUACCAUUCUGCCAAAGAAAGCCAUUUAUGCCACUCCUUAGGUUUUUCCCAACACAUGCACCUCAAAUAAUUUUCUAGACAGCAAUUGAGAACUUCUGACUGCCUAUUUGUUUGUGAAUGGUAAGAGGAAGUAUGCUUCUGGUCAACCCUGAAAACUUUCAAAAAAUCCUUUAAAAAUGACUGACAAAGAGGGGCUCUCUAUCACUUAUAGUCUCAACGGGAGCUCCAUGUAACUAAUAGAUAUAAUCAAGGAACUAUUGUGCUAAAGUAGAGGCUAUAAAAGGAUGAGAUAAAGACAAAAAAAAAAAAGUGCAUGCUUGCUAAAACGAUCAAUAAUCACCCAAAUUGUGUCCUUGCCAUUGGAUUUGGGUAAGCCCUCAAUAAAAUCCAUGGUGACACUUUCCCAAACCUUGCUUGGAAUAGGAGGAGGCUGUAGUAAUCCAGGAUAAGCCACUAAUUCAGAUUUACACUGAGCACAUGUAUCACAAUGCCUCACAAAAUCUUUAAUAUCCUCAAAUAAUUUUGGCCACCAGGAUAGCUUCUUGACUCUUUGCUAAGUAGCUUGCACACCAAAACGUCCCCCUCGUGGACUACCAUGAAGCUAUUCCAGGAUCUUAAGUCUCACGUUUGGAAUAUUUCCAACAACGAGCUUGUCAGUUUUCCUUAAAAAUUGACUAUCCCAAGCAUAUUUGCCUUCUGACCCACCACACUGUUGCAAUUGAGCCCUUAAAGCUCUGAGAUCUACAUAAUCAUCCCAACUUCGCUAAAUUUCCAAGAAAAGAAAAUCUGAACAAGUAUGAAGAGAAACUUGAAAAACCUCAUUUUUAGGGAUCCUAGAAAGAGCAUCAGCUGCACUAUUAUCAUCACCCUUUUUGUAAUGAAUUGCAUAAUCAUACCGCAUGAGUUUAGUAACCCAAUACAUCUGAAAUGCCGUCUUUAAUUCUGAUCCAGCAAAGGUACACUUGCUUUCCUUCACAAAAAAGCAAUGUUUUCUCAGAAUUUCCUAAACCGAACACAAGUGUUAUGUGUGAGAAUUUAUACAGGGACUAUAAAUUAAAAUAUCAUUAAAGAAAACUAAGACAAAUUUCCUCAAAUACUCCCUGAAUAUAUUAUUCAUAGCACCCUGAAAAGUUGCAGGUGCAUUAGUGGGCCCAAAAGGCAUCACUAACUACUUGUAGUGGCUUAAAUGAGUGCGAAAGGCUGUCUUGUAGAUGUCUUUUGGUUCCAUUCUGAUUUGAUGGUAACCAGCCUGUAGAUCCAGCUUAGUAAACGAUCUAGCAUCCUUUAAUUUGACCAGAAGCUCUUCCACAAGAGGAAUAGGAUAUUUAUUCUUGACUGUCCUCUUAUUAAGUUCUCUAUAAUCAUUGCACAUGCGCCAUGACCUAUCUUUCUUUUUCACCAACAAAAUUGGUGAAGCAAAUGGUGAACUACUUUCCUGGAUAACUUGUGAUUGCAGUAGAUCCUUUUCCAUGUCUUCAAUAGCAUUCUUUUGAACUGCUGGAUACCUAUAGGGCCUUAGAUUAACUGGGUCAGCCUUUGUUUGCGGAAUAAUAAGGUGAUUGUGACCUUCUCUCAAAGGGGGAAGAGACUUAGGUUCUUUAAAAACAUUUGAAAAUUCAGAUAAUAAUUCUGUCACAGCUUCUACAAAAUUAUUAUCCCCCUUUACCUUCAAACAAUGAAGAUCCCCAUCACCAUCCUCUAACAAGUGCAACAUAGACAUCUACCCUCCAGCCUCUAAAUCUCCUUCAAUCUUAAAGUCAACAAUCUUACAUCCUGUUAGUUCUUGAGGUUGCAAGCAGCACUUUUUCCAAUUAUACCAGAAAGUCAUGGACAAAUUGUCAUAACCCCAAUGAGCUUGAUGAAUAGUCCUAAGCCAAGAUAAACCCAGAACAAUGUCAUAUGUUUUGACUUCCAAAAUUGGAAAGUCUGACUCAAACUCUUCUCGGGCAUUCUCCACUUAACGCCUUUAAGAACCUCAAAAACCUUGAACUUCCCACCUCUAGCAACUUCAACUUCUGCCAUUGGAUAAGAACCUUCCUUCCAGCUGAAUUUCUUAGCUAACGCACAGUCAAUAUAGGCAUGUGAGGCCCCAUUAUCAAUGAGAAUCUGAAUCUGUCUCCUGCCCAUAUACCCGUGGAUUCUCAUAGCCGAAGGUACAACACUUCACUGAAUAGCAUGAAGACAGAUUUGAAGACACUUUGAUUGUUCUGGUAUGCCCUCAAACUUUUCAAGGACUUCCAAAUCUUGUCUAGUGUCAUCUUCACCCUCUUCCCCGCUUUGUUCUUCUAAUUCAAUAAGCUGUAACUGCAUCUUAUGCGUCUGGGCACAUGCAUGGUCACUAGAGAAGGGUUGUCGGCAGUAAAAGCAAAGAUUCUUGGCUUGCAAUUCCUUCACCUCAUCUGGGCUUAAGUUUUUAAAACUUUUGGCAUUGUUGUGUGAAGACCUAGUCGUUAAAAUAGAAGAAAUAGGGUUGAUAGAGCUGGGUUUGGGUAUAAGAAUUAGAAUUUGUAGAUUGGACAUUUUUAUCCUUAAAAGUGUGGGACCCAAAAUUUCCAGAUGGAGUUUUUUGUAUUACCCCACCUGGUUGUCUCCUUCUGCAUGCAUGGAUAAGGAUCAAAGAAGCUUUCUUUUACCUAUGUCUCUUCAUUUCUUGCCCACUGGACUGUGCGACUGCAUGAUUCACUGCCAUGUGUCUGAAGUCUCGUUUCUUGACGAUUAAUCUCAUGGGUUCUUGCAAUAGCUCGUGCACCGCUCAAGGUCCUCAGUUUAAACAUCUUGAGGGGCACCACGAACUCUGGGUUAAGCCCUGCCGUGUAUGUCUGAACCAAGUAAUCCUCGGGAAACAUGACUUUGCAAACUAUGGUGUCGAAUUCAUCUGAAGAACCUAUCUGUCGCAGAUUCAUCAAGUCCUCCAUUGGUGCUUCAUAUCGAGAUCCAGAGUGAUUUUUCAAAGCUUUUGCAUACUCGGCCCAAGUCCAUCGUGCAUACUCAUCCCCCAAGACCAUUGCUUGAUGCCAUUGAAAGGCUUUUUCAUCCACAUGGAUGCUAGCUAUAGUAAUCUUCCAAUCUUCUGGCGUGUUAUCAAUUUGAAAGUAAUACUCGCAUUUCAAAAUCCACCCUAAGAUAUCAUCCCUUUGAAAUCAGGGAAAUUCCAUCUUGGUGAAGUGUGUGCGAGGUUGGUAGUUGGGUGUCUGUUCGUGGUCGAUGAUGAUGGUGAAGACUUGCCAACUUGGAGAAGGCAUCCUCUAAGGCACGAAUACAGUCAUCGUUUUGAUUUGUCAUGAUUUUUUGUUGUUUCUUUGAUCGAGUUUCUGGCAUAUAGGCUGAGCAUGAACUGCUCUGAUAUCAUUGAUGGCUAGAGAAAAGAACAGGAAAGAUAGGAUGGAGAAAAGGAGAGUAAGGAAGAGAUUGAGAACUAGAGAGAGAUUUUGGAAAUACUCGAGAAAUUUAUUAUCCAAUUUCAUAUCAAGUAUAUUUAUACAAGGCCUAUUUAUACAUUUAGACCCAUUAACCAUCUAACUAACUUCCCUAACGACUUCCACCCUUCCCACUAAUGACUUCCACUUAUUCUAAUUACACAUCACAAGCAUUUUUCCUUUGACUGAUGCCUCGAUAACCUUCAAUUAAGUGGGGUUAUUGUGUGUGCUGCCUUUGUCAUUUAAGAUCUGGACCUUGUUUUACCUUCUAUAUUAAUUGUAUUAGUGACAGGUCAACAAAUUUAACACCAUUAGUGCCACAUCAUUGUCCUUUUGAACAUAUUCGAAAGUAGAGGGGCAAACAUUGCAUUCAAGAUAAACUAGAGACAUGGAACAAUUAAAAAAUAAUAAUAAUAGACCUAUGCCAAAAUACAUUAAAACUACAGGGACUAAAAGUUGUGUUUUCCCAGUUGUUUUUCUUUUGA